UCGAAGAGGUUGAGAAAUGGAUGCAAACUAACGUUAUUAAAUUCCUACAAGAUAAUGCAGAUGAAGAUAAGUUAGACCUUAACGAUGAUGACAUCACUAAAAUUAAAAAUAAUAAGAUCAAAGGCAUAGCCUUUCUUGAAGCUAGAGCAUCUGGCAAGUCUACACGGGUACACCAAAUUCAGAAGCAGUUGAAUGAUGAAGGCUACAUUUGUAUUUAUGUAUUUCUUGAACAAAUUAAUAUUAAAAGCGUAGACAAUUUUUGGCAUACACUCGGCUCUCAUCUCUAUCUUGAUGUUUCCAAAUACAUUAGACUCGAUAGCAUAAAUUCUUCUAAUAAUUUCGAUCUAGUGUUCCAGAAAAGCAAGUGGAAAAAUCGAACAAAAGAAAAUUAUGCUAUCUGGUUUGUUGUUGCCAUCGGUCCUUUCAGUAUCCUAUAUUUAAAUUUGAAUAAUUUUACCACAUCGCUCUUUAACGUUAAUGAGCCAUUUAAAAAUCCAAAUUUUACUCUGGAACAAGUGCAGUUUCUCUACAAGGAAUUCGAGGACGAAUAUAAUUUAACUAUUGAUCAGGAAGUAAUUGAGGACAUAUAUACGCAGACAAACGG